AGUAACAUCGUUGGUGCGCUAGCGCGCUCACACAGAGUUGCAAGCUGAACGUCGAAGAGACAGGAAGACAGCAAAUGCGAAAGCGCUCUCUAAACUUAAUGUGUGAACUUCGUGGUGAUAAAUUGUUGGACAAUGCUUUGUGAAGAUAACGAGCAAGAGUGUGAGCCACAGUAAAAGAGUUAUUUUGGAACAAUUUCAAAAGUAAUAAUGGAAGAGGAUUGUGUGGCCAGAUUUAUGCAAUUCAUCUCGCAAAUGGUGCUGCCAAAUAAUUCUCGUCAUCAAAUCAUCACGCCACGCCUACAGCCACCUCACUUCAAAGUACCGGAGCGGCCGGGGCAGCUUGGUAACGUGAUAUCCAGACGACCACGCGCAGACAAUCAUCGGGCCACGAGCGGCCAUUCUACACUGAUCCAACGGUCCAUCUUAGGAAGUAGUUUGACAAACAUCCAGUGAGAUAUCUACGCCGUAACAAGUGUCACACUGCUACAAACGUUAGAAUUUUGGUUUUAACCUUUCACUUCUGUUUUCCAAACUGCAGCAUCUGUGGGCUAUUUAUUUUUGGUACAAUAGAAGUUACGGUAAAUGUAGAUAUCCCAUCGCUGGGUCACAAGCUCCGCCAAGGAAGAAGCAUGACGAUCGGCAGAGUCGAUGAAUGAAAAAACUUGCUGAGGCUAUCGUGUGUUGCUCUAUUACACUGGACGACUCGCAUAAGCUGUAACCUUCUCGCAAACACUUGGAUAGUCCGUUAUUUUCAUAUUUAUCAGUGAUGACCGUUCCUGCUUCUGACAGCAACUAGAUGAUACUCCAAAAUGGAAUCUUCUCUUCAGUCUGGGGUUCAAACGGAAACGGUACUUCUGUGUCUGAUGCUUGUUCUCUGCAUUGAUGGAUCGACGCGAAUAUGUAGCACCAACGUUAAUGUGUUAUGGUACAGUUGGUUGACCAGAACGUUGCGAUCAAGUGAAGUAGGAGUACUUUCAGAAAGCAAAUAUCACGGUAUUCAACUACCAUCGUACAAAUCUCAUAAGACAGUUAUUUCACCGUAUAUUGACAAGGUUUGUAGUUUUCGUUUAACUAGAUUGUAGGGGUUUUCUUGUUACCUCGUUUUGUUUCUCCUCUUGCGAUGGAUGCGUUUCAGCAAUUGAACCUUUGAAGUUAGUUAAUUAUGUGCACUAAAUAAAGGCCAAAGAAGAUUAUAACAUGUCUGAGAAACAUAGCCUGCUCUGAUUCCUUAUCGAAGCUCACUUGGACAGAAUUCAAAACUAUUUCUCCACUCAAGUAAUAUUUUCGCUGAACAUGUUACGUGUAUAAUUGUUACAUGGUAGCUAGGUAACCUGCUGGGUGUUCAUUCAGGAGUAGGUGAGGUGUGACUGUUGAGUGAUUACAGAAGCCGACCUAGGAUUAGAACAAAAGCACCUGUGGUACAAAACGAGACAUUUCUGACGACCUAUUGGCCACGAAGAGAUUCCCAAAGUGAUCAAGAGUGGUCGCCGUGUGGAAUUCGACAGAUCGUUUCGGUUCGGCUCGCCUGAACAUCACCUCUGACUUGAGCACCUGUAGCGGAGGAGGGCCGCAGCUGAAAUGGACUCCGUCAGCGGUGCUGCCGAGUCCGGCAACGGCUCGCUGGAGACACAGUGGUGUCCAGAAGAGCCAGAGAUCGCGUGGACCGAGGGCCGCAACGUGGCCACGCUGGGCGUGCUCGCCAUCAUCGACGUCAUGGUGGUGGCGGGCAACUGCCUGGUGGUGGCCGCCGUAUUCCUGUCGCACAAGCUGCGUUCCGUCACCAACCUCUUCAUCGUCUCGCUCGCCGUCGCUGACCUCCUGGUCGGAGUCGCCGUGCUGCCGUUCAGCGCCGCCUGGGAAGUAUUCAAGGUAACUGUCUGGAGUCUGCAUUCCGGCAAUUGGUUUGUUCGUCCAGGAUCACCUGAUGCGGCAAAUUUGGGGAAGCUAUACGUAAGAAUGUUCACGAUACGUAUUUCUGAUAACUGCUCGUAA